UCCGCUUCUCAACUCGAAGUAGCCUUUCUUGCACUUCCGCAAUUCUUCGUCCACCUGCUCCUCUUCCUCUUCCUCUAGCAAUCUGCGGAGCCGUUUAUUGUGCUCCUUUUUAACACGCGACGGUGAGUUUUUCUGCUAGCCAUCGCAUCUCUGUAUUGCGUUCUAAUUUCAGAACGGAACUAGUGAGUUGAUCACUCGUCUUGAGGGUAGUUGCAGUACUAAUAGGGCCUUCUAGUUAGUUGUGUGCGGUAUUGCGAGCUACAGAUCGUUUUUCUGUGCUGGUCGGACACUUUGUAUGUUGAGGAUGAUUUGGGUGUGGGUGCACUUUUGUUUCUGAAUAGUUAAUGUGGCUUUCUGUUCAUGAGAUUGCUGCUUGGUUUCGAUUGCAUUGGCUGGUCUUGUUUCUGAGUGGCAUGAGCUACUGUGGCUACUACAGAUUUUUGGUAUGGUAGGGUCGAGUUGUUUGUGUUUUAGACAUUUUGACAGAAAUUUGUUUUCUGAUUUAACAAAGGGAUUGGUAGGGUUCUGUUUAUAGUUUUGAGAAAGCAUGUUUGAUAAAUUGAAUCUCUUUGUGUAUUGGGUUAUGGUUUUUGAGGGACUCUCUUGAAUGCACAACUUUGGCCAGUGAUGGCUAGAGGUUGCAGAUGACAUUUAUAUUCUCAAAGAGCCUUCUUUCAAGGUUUCAAGCCUCAACAAUUUCCAUUACCCAUUUUCAUUCUCAAGCCUUUGGAGGAUCUCGCACUUUUGGUGAUAGAGAAUUAGUAUGUAAUACGGAUUCUUGGUUCGUUAAAGUUGUGUGCACUCUCAUUGUUCAUUUGCAUUCUCAGGAUAGUUGUUUGGAUUACUUGAGUAAGAACUUGUCUCCUUCGAUUGCAUUUGAUGUUGUAAAGCGGUUAAACAAUCCCAUAGUGGGAUUAGAAUUCUUGGAAUUAACCAGUGACAAAUUGAAUCUCAAUCAUUCUUCUGAGACUUACAAUUUGUUGGUGAAGUCCUUCUGUCAUAUGGGUCUCCAUGAUUCAGCGAAAGUUGUUUUUGAUCACAUGAGGAGUGAUGGGCAUAUGCCCAACAGUCAUGUUUUAGGAUUUUUGGUAACCUCAUGUGUGCAAGCUGGCAAAUUUGAUACUGCUAAGGUUUUUCUAGCUGAGGUUCAGCAUAAUGAUGUCGGUAUUGGCUCAUUUAAGUUUAAUGAGUUGCUGAUUAUGUUGGUUAAAAGGAAUCAAGUUGAUGAGGCAGUUUGUUUUUUUAAAGAAUAUUUGAGAUUGCAAUUUCCUCCAGAUACUUAUAGUUUCAAUAUAUUAAUUGGUGGCCUCUGCAAAGUAGGAAAAGUUGAUAAAGCUUUUGAAUUUUACAAUGAUAUGGAGAUUUUUGGUUGUACUCCUGACAUUGUUACGUAUAACUCACUUAUUGAUGGACUGUGUAAAAAGCAUGAGGUAGAUAGAGGGCAUGACUUACUGAAGGAGGUUCAAUUGAGAAAUGGUAUUUCACCAGAUGUCAAGACUUAUACGUCAGUCAUAUCAGGUUACUGCAAGUCGCAGAAGAUGAAAGAAGCCUCUCUUCUUCUCGAUGAGAUGAUAAGAAGUGAAGUCAUGCCCAAUGAAAGAACUUUUAAUGCGAUUGUUGAUGGGUUUGGCAAGGUUGGGGACAUGCUUUCCGCAGAAUCUGCAUACGAGAAUAUGCUGUUUUUUGGGUCAAUUCCCGAUGUUUAUACCUUCACUUCCUUGAUUGAUGGUUAUUGUCGAAAUGGACAGGUCAACCAGGGUUUGAAGCUGUGGGAUAUGAUGAAAGCAAAAGAAAUUUCUCCAAGUCUUCAUACCUAUGAUAUACUUAUUAAAGCACUGUGCAAGGAGAAUAGACUAUGUGAGGCUCGUGAUUUUUUGAGGCAGUUAAAGUUUAAAGAUAUUAUUCCGAAACCUUUCGUUUACAACCCCGUAAUUGAUGGGUUUUGCAAGGCUGGCAAUGUAGAUGAGGCAAAUGUGAUUGUUGCGGAGAUGGAGGAGAAGAGAUGCAACCCAGAUAAGCUCACGUUUACCAUACUCAUUAUUGGGCAUUGUAUGAAAGGUAGAAUGUUUGAUGCUAUUAGCAUUUUUAAGAAGAUGUCGGCAGUUGGUUGUGCCCCAGAUAAUAUUACCGUGAGUUCUCUGGUGUCUAGCCUUUUGAAGGCUGGGAUGCCCGAUGAAGCCUCUCGCAUUGUACAAGUGGCAUCAGAGGACUGGAAUUUGUGUUCCUCCUCUUUCAAAAGAACUAUUCCCUCAAGGACAAAUGCUAAUAUCCCAGUGGCAGCUUAAAGGAAGGAAACACAUCCAGAUUUGAUUUGAUUUGACUUUGUCAGUCCUUUCGUUGAACAGAGUCCGUCCCCGUCGUAGGCCCUCAUAGGCGAUUUUUGAACUGUUGCAGCAGGAGACUCCAGGAGCACUUGCAAUGCAUCCUGUUCGGGAGUCGCCAGAAGAGUACCAGCAACAGAUGGGGACUUGGAACAUGAAAGCACUGAUUGUGGAAAUCUGGCUACUGUCAAAGUUUCAUGGAUGUUACUCGGGUGGGGGUUUCUCAAACUCCUAGAAGAAGAUGGGAGAGAAACCAGCUGCCAGGAAUGCUCAUAGGAGAAGGAAAUGGCUGAAGCUAAGGGGAAGGAUGAUGAUAAGAAAAGGAAAAAAAGAAGACGACGAAGAAGAGCGGCGCCCAGAUUGUUAUGGAUAAAUAUUGAGUGACACACACUUCACGGAGAAAUUGCCCUGUGCUACUUUAUUGAUGAGGAAAGUUGUACUUGGUGUUUGUCCUGAUAUUUUCUUCACGAUAAUCUAAAACCAAGGUGUGUUUAUGGAAUAAUAUUGAGUUUUACUUGGCGUUUCUGUUGGUAUUGUGUUCACAAAAUUCUUGAAACAGCAUGUAUUUAUUUGUUCAAACCUUUAGCCUGUUCGAAAUCUUAAGGAAUGACUAUCAAACAACUGAGAUGGAGGAGGGGUCAUGCCCACAGUCCAACAAGUUGGGGGUCGAGAAGCAAAGGUUUGGGAAUGUCCAUGAGCAUAGCAGGAGACCAAGCAUUGCAGUGUGCAAGCCAUUGAUGAAGGUUCAAGAGACGAGGGGUCUGAGGAGGAGGUGGAUUAGGCCCAUGUACAGCUGAGUUUCAAAUGCAAUCCAUGCUAAUUAAACUCAAGAUCUGAAAUUUAUGUGUGCCCAAAAAGAAAUUUAGGAUUAUUUACAGAACUUUUUUGUUGUCAAGUGUUAUUUUAACAUGUUGCAUAGCUGAAAAAUGCUCGUUCGUAGUAGUCAUGGAUACAAGAAGAGUUAAUACUAGAUGAAUUAACCUUUUAGU